AGAGAGAGAGAGAGAGAGAGAGAGAGACUGCACAUUCCUCUGUAGGCGCGGUGGACUUUCCCAAAGCGGCAGGUUGUUUCGUGUGGGCUGAAAGUUGCUUUAUCUUCCUAUCAGCGGGCUAAUGACACGACAGUAGCUGUUUAGCUGUUAGCGAGCAGCAGGUGGAAGUGGAAGUGGACCGAGGACAACAUGGACAUGGACCUAAAGGAGCUCUUACAGAGUUUACCUGCUCGACUUCAGAGAGUGUGACGGACUGAUUUUGAGUGUUUUUUUUUGGGGUGGACCAUGGCGGACUGCUGGCUGUGGUGCCACCGCACAUGUAUGUGCUGUCUGACCGAGGAGGAGAAGACCGACAUCGCAGUGGACAAAGAGAUCAAGAGGAUCCUCAAGCAGCAGAAGAAGAAGGAGAGAAGGGAAAUUAAAAUCCUCCUGCUGGGUACUGGGGAGAGCGGAAAAACCACCUUCAUCCGACAGAUGAGGAUCAUCCACGGACGAGGCUUCUCAGAGGAGGAGAGGAGGACCUUUUCCAAAUGCAUCUUCCAGAACAUCCUCAGUGCCAUGAAGGCCAUGACGGGAGCCAUGACCGCACUCAGAAUCCCCUACUUCAACCCCGAGAACGAGCUCUACGCCAAGCGGCUGCAGGACGUAAACACAGUGCAGAUCAGCCAGCUGGAUCGGGGUCACACUGACGCAAUCCGUCGCCUCUGGGCAGAUUCGGGCAUCCGGGUUUGUUACGCCCGUCGCUGCGAGUACCAGCUCCUGGACUCCACAGAGUACUACAUGAGUAGCCUGGACCGCAUCUCCGCCCCAGACUACAUCCCCACAGAGCAGGACGUGCUGCGAGUUCGAUUCCCCACCACGGGCAUUCACGACUACUCCUUCACCAUCAAGACCAUCACACUAAGGAUUGUGGACGUAGGCGGUCAGAAGUCGGAGCGUCGGAAGUGGAUUCACUGUUUUGAAAACGUCACCUCCCUCAUCUUCCUGGCUUCCCUCAGCGAGUACGACCAGGUCCUGGAGGAGAGAGAGACCAUUAACCGUAUGCAUGAGAGUCUGGCUCUGUUCUACACCACCAUCCACUCUCCUUGGUUCUUCAACACCUCCAUCAUCCUCUUCCUCAACAAGACUGACAUCCUGCAUGACAAAGUCCAGACCUCUGACCUGAAGAAAUACUUUCCCAGCUUCACAGGUAAGAGACACGACCCCGAGGACGCCAAGAACUACAUCCGCAAGUUGUACGAGCAGCAGGCCACCAACCGCGACCAAAGGGACGAGUGGAAGACUCUCUACCCGCACUUCACCUGCGCCACAGACACCAACAACAUCCGCAGGGUGUUCAGCGAUGUCAAGGACACGGUGCUGCUCAAGUCUCUCAGGGACUACGGAGUCAUCUGAACUUUUACACGGUGGUGAAAAACAGGAGGAAAACGGUGGAUCUUGACUCCGUCUGCACUAUUUACUUCCACUGAUGAAGGCCAACGUGUCACUUCUUUUUCUACGUUUUUACUAAAGCAACAAUCAGACCAUCGUUCAUCCUCCACGCCACUGUUCCACCCCUUUUAUAUUUAAUGAAGAAGCAGGGUGAAGAACAAAGGGACAAGUUUGUUCUCACCUUCAAAUAGAAAACAUGAAGACAUUUAGGGACUUAGAAGACUUAAGUGACUUCUGAUCAGGGAGCAAGGAACCAGUAAUCACCCUCAUGUUGCUCAGCCAGCAGCUCUCCCCCCAUCAUUUUGAGUGCUUGGGUCAUGCAGUGACUGAAUUGAACCAUAAUUGAAGCAGAAGCAGAGAUGCUAUGAAGUGCUGUGCUGCCAUUAACGGAGUAAUGACUUUUACAAGUGGAGAUGGGGCCAUUCUUGGGUACACCGCCCUGUCACUCCCACUUAAAAACGCUUUAUUUGAGGCCACUAGGUACAUUCAGGUUCAAACACAAACUGUAAACACACAAACAACUUCUAUUAUGUAACAUAAAUAGAAAUACAUGAGUUUCAAUCUGCUGCAUCUUUUAUUAUCAGACAUCCUGUAUUGGGGGAUUUUCUCUCUGUGAUUAACAUCACCACAGAGUCUUCGAUUGUUUCACAAACACUGCGCUCCUGUCAGAGAGCCAAAAUCCUUAUUGAUUACAGUUAUCGCGCACUGGCAGUAUUCCUAUCUGUUCAGCACCGUCUCCAUCAGUUAUUAUGUGCAGAAAGAUUGCGUAACCGCCACCUUUUGAGUCCCUCUCACGGUGCUAUAACGGCAGUAUGUGAUAACAUCCUUACAUUCACCUCCAGUCUGUUGCUCUGCCUGUGUUAAGUGGUUUAUUAUGCAACACCCUGUGUUACAUGUGGACACAAUACAGACUGUGUGUUCAGACAGAGAAGAACACAACAGGUGAGUGAAUCUUUACUGGCUCCACUGUUAGUAAAAGCAGUGUCACAAAAAACGACAACAGAAUCACAAUGGAUAUUAUGUGGAUGAAAGGAAAGUUCAUAUAGUUUGAUAACGUGGAACCCAAAUGAUUCAACCAAUGGAUAUUUCUAGCCUCUGUUCAAGAGUUUUGCAGAUAGAUGUUAAAUGUUGGAAAGCACAAAUUCUGCCACAUUUUAAAAAUGUAAUUUCCCGUCUAACAAAUGAAUUUGCAUUUCUUAGUCAAACCCCAAUUCAGCUGUUUUUGGUGGAUUGAUCCACCUGUUGUUGGCAUGCAUCAGUUUUGUUGAAGACACUGAAUCCUGAACUGCAUUGGGUAUUACGCUUCGAGGGAAACAUAUUUUGUCGCAGAUUAUGUUGGUUUUUGAUGUAUCACAAAUAUGUUUGUUGUGAAAGUCUGCAGAAGUCCGCGUAAGGAGGAGGUCGGGGGGGUGCAUGUGUCCCCAAACUUGACUUUCGCCCCCGGAGACCGGUGUUUGUGUCCAGUGUGAAACCAAACGUCAACGUUAACUAAUGGCAUUUGUUUUUACUAAACCCAUCCAAGUACUUUAGUUGCCUAAACCUUACCAAGUAUUUUUUUUACUAAACCCAACCAAGUAAUUUAGUUGCCUAAACCUAACCAAGUACUUUUGUUGCCUACACCCAACCAAGUACUUUUGUUGCCUAAACCUAACCAGGUACUUUUGUUGCUUGAACCUAACCAAGUAGUUUUGUUGCCUGAACCUAACCAGGUACUUUUGUUACCCAAACCUAACCAGGUACUUUUGUUGUGUUUUUUGUUUUGUUUCAACAUUAACCAGGUGUUCAAAACUGUUUAAACGUGCGACCGUAAUCCUGGAGAAAAUAUGUUUCCCUCGAAACGUAAUUGAGAAUGAAGUUUAGUUGUAUAGGAACGUAAUUUUGUAGGAGACAUGAUUGGACCAUCAGAUCCGUUAACAGUCUCCAAGAUGUUCAUCACUGUUGUCUUACUGUUGAAAGAUAAGCUAAUGAAGAAGGAGAUUUGAAUGAUUUAUGUUCCAAACACUGGAGAAAAAAAGUACCCAAUAUGUUUAGCUUAACAGUGAAUCACUUGACUAUUUGUAUGACUGUUAGCUCUACAGAGCAUUAGCGUCUUUCAGCCCGCAUCUUUUAAUUUGUGUUUCCGUUAACUCUCACCGUUCUCAUAGCGUUGUUUCCAUACGCAACAGGCAGCUGUUUUGAGCAAAAAAGUUCUAAUAAACCGUAUGUAUGCGACCUGCCCAGCAUAAAACAUCCAGCAGACACAGUUAGCGACUAGCUGCUGAACAAAGUGGAGCAUUUAGCAGCUAAAGAGCCAGAUAUUUCCCUCAAGAAGUUGGUGGAGAACAAAAACAGAGCUAAAAGGAGAGUGAAUAUUAGACUUGCAUUCACCACGUUGCCAAAAUCACAACUAAAUGAAUGCUAAUGUUUCUCCGUAACUGCUCGAUGUGUAAAUAGGCGACUGUUUGCUAACAAGUUUGCCAUAUCAAAUUAAAAAGGUGUCAAUGUUG